UAUCAUAACAGCCAGUCAUGAUGGACAUGUAAAAUUCUGGAAAAAAAUAGAAGAAGGGAUUGAGUUCGUUAAACAUUUCCGGAGUCACCUGGGAGGGGUAGGGUGAGAAUAAAACCUGUGGGACUCCUUCUGCACAGAUGCCCUACAUCCUCUGCCAUUGCCUUGUGCCCCACCUGGGGGAGAAUGUCUAGGACAUGAAGAAACUGACUAUUUAAAAAUAAGUGAGCAAGGUACAUAACAGACUUCAUAAAAUCCAGAGAAGUUUAAACAGAUGUUACUUUAAGUGUUAUUGAGAGUAUUGCUGUUAGUUCGGAGGGGGCGCUAUUCUGUUCAGUUGGUGAUGACAAAGCAAUGAAGGUGUUUGAUGUAGUCAACUUUGAUAUGAUCAACAUGCUGAAACUUGGCUACUACCCUGGUCAGUGUGAGUGGGUAUAUUGCCCUGGAGAUGCCAUAUCUUCUGUUGCAACAUCUGAGAAGAGCACAGGAAAAAUAUUCAUAUAUGAUGGACGAGGAAAUAACCAGCCACUUCAUGUUUUUGAUAAACUCCAUACAUCCUCUCUUACUCAGAUACGACUGAACCCUGUCUACAAAGUAGUAGUGUCUGCUGACAAGUCUGGAAUGAUAGAGUACUGGACUGGCACUGCUCAUGAAUAUAAAUUUCCCAAGAAUGUGAACUGGGAGUAUAAAACAGAUACUGAUCUAUAUGAAUUUGCUAAAUGCAAGGCAUACCCAUCCAGUAUAAGUUUUUCACCUGAUGGCAGGAAAAUGGCCACUCUUGGGUCUGACAGAAAAGUUAGAAUUUUCCGGUUUUUGACGGGGAAGCUGAUGAGAGUCUUUGAUGAAUCUCUGAGUAUGUUUACUGAACUUCAGCAGAUGAGACAGCAACUACCAGACAUGGAGUUUGGCCGACGUAUGGCAGUUGAGCGUGAGCUGGAGAAAGUGGAUGCAGUAAGAUUAAUUAAUAUAAUUUUUGAUGAAACUGGACACUUCGUUCUCUAUGGAACAAUGUUGGGCAUUAAGGUCAUAAAUGUAGAGACUAACAGGUGUAUUCGUAUCUUGGGAAAACAAGAGAACAUCAGAAUGAUGCAGUUAGCUUUGUUCCAAGGAGUAGCAAAGAAACAUCGUGCUGCAAUCACUAUAGAGAUGAAGGCAUCUGAAAAUCCUGUUCUCCAGAAUAUCCAGGCAGAUCCGACAGUAAUCUGCACAGCUUUUAAAAAAAAUAGGUUUUACAUGUUUACUAAACGUGAACCAGAAGAUACGAAGAGUGCAGAUUCCGACAGAGAUGUGUUUAAUGAGAAACCUUCUAAAGAAGAGGUCAUGGCAGCCACUCAGGCAGAAGGUCCCAAAAGAGUUUCAGACAGUGCCAUCAUCCACACAAGCAUGGGAGAUAUUCAUAUCAAGCUUUUUCCUGUUGAGUGCCCCAAAACAGUGGAAAACUUCUGUGUGCACAGCAGAAAUGGUUAUUACAAUGGACACAUAUUUCACCGAAUCAUCAAGGGUUUCAUGAUCCAGACUGGUGACCCAACUGGUACAGGCAUGGGAGGUGAAAGUAUUUGGGGAGGAGAAUUUGAAGAUGAGUUCCAUUCAACUUUACGACAUGACAGACCAUACACACUCAGCAUGGCUAACGCAGGACCAAAUACCAAUGGAUCCCAGUUUUUUAUAACAGUAGUGCCAACUCCAUGGCUGGACAACAAGCAUAGCGUGUUUGGACGGGUGACUAAAGGAAUGGAAGUUGUUCAGAGAAUCUCAAACAUAAAAGUUAAUCCCAAAACUGACAAGCCCUAUGAGGAUAUCAGCAUCAUUAAUAUCACAGUGAAGUAAGCCAGGAGUUGAAGGUUCCAGCUUAAAGCAGAAAAAAAUUGGCACAGUGGGACACAAAAAGAACAGAAACAUUUUUGAUAAUUCCUAGAUACAAGAAGUGCCAGGACAGAGCAAUCACCAGUCCUACUAUUUUUAAUGUACCUAAAGUGCCCUAAGUCUGUAUUUCUGGUAACUUUCUAUUUUAAAGUAAAAACAUCUGCAUGUUUCUUACGAAGUCUGCUGGUAUUCUUGCAUCUCUUCUGUGCAAGACUGAAGAUAAAAACCCAUGCCAUGUUUCAUGAUCGUGAUUUUAUAAAAUGGAAUCAGGGUAUAGUUUGUAACUUUUUCAUGUUUAUUUGCAUCUUUCAUAUUUAAGUAAUCCUUUUCACAGUACUGAAAUCUUUGACAGAGGAAGAGGUCAGAAGUCCUAAGCUGAGUAAACUCUUCAAUCACAUGUAGAUGCAUCAAAAAUUAGGUUAAGGUAUGAUCCUGUUUGCUAUGAUAAGGUACAUAAUCUACCUCUGCUCUUUAAAAAUGGUUGUGUAGGUGUCUUCUGUGUCCAAGAGCAACGAUCAGCUUUUGGAAUGCCAGUGUAUAAAGUCCUAUGCAUCCUGCUUGGCACUGCCAAUAAUGUUUUUUUUCUUUCCAUGUUUGCUGUCUUCAUUAUUUUAGCCUAGGGAGUCUGGGUAAAAAUGAAGCCAGAUACAAAGUCCUACAAACAUUACUACUUCUAAUGAAUACUUGGUUUAAAAUAAAUGAUGGCUAUCAUCUCAACUAAGCUUUCAUCAGGUAUUUCUGAUGAAAUGUCAGACUGUGGCGAAUCUCUGGCUAGAUAAGGUCCUGCUACUAUGUUGGGCAGUUAUGUCUUCUCUAAGUACAGUAACAUUAACUGUUUAUGUUCACAUAGCAGCACAGCACUCAUACAACAAUGAGGAGUUUACAAUUCUGGUAACUACAUUCAUGAAAUAAGAUGAGAUGCAUGCUAAUUGCAUUCAGGCCCUGCUACUACUAGGAAGCUUAUCUUCAGUGAUCAAUAAGAAAACUUCUAUUCUGAGAUGACCUUAACAAAAAAAAAAAAAGCCAAGUUUAUUAAAAUUCACUCUCAAAGUUUUAGAUACUUUUA